AUGGAGGGGAAGGUCAGAAAAAUAAGCAGGGACCAUCCAGAAGGUUAUAUAAGACUUGCAACUAGGAUGACUCCUGGAAGGAUAAGUUCAGCUGUGAAAGUAAUGUCACCCGCACAGAAAAAUGGGAUUGUGUCAAUGGGAUUUGGUUCACUUCUUCAUAUUCACAUAGACACUACUCCGGGUUUACUUAACUACUAUCUGUUAGAUCACUAUGAUCUAGCUAGUAGCCAUCUAGUUCUAGAAAAUAUGGUCAUAACAAUUACGAAAGACACAGUGCAUGAGAUGUUGGGUUUACCAAAUGCGGGGGAAGACUUUAUGAGGUUGAGUAGUUGUGAUAAGGAUAAUGAAGUUCUGCAAGAAUGGAAAGGCCAAUACGAAAAAAAGGGUUCAAUGGUGAAGAAUAAAUGA